ACCGGCACAACUUAAGUAUUAGUUGUGUGAACGACAUAAAGUGAAAACAAAAUAAAGCGAAUAAAACAAUUUAAAUUAAUAAAAUAAAAGAAAAUUAUAAACAAAAGAAAAUAAUUUCAUAAUAAAACGAAAUAAGUACAGAAGUUAUUAACAUGAGUGAAAGUCAAAAUCAAAUACCUCUGGAGGAUCAUGAAGUACCAGUGAUUGUUGAGUGUUGUGGCAAUAUUCUGGAGGAUGAAUGCCUGCAGGAACAACCUCACUCCUCCAAUGUGAAAGCAAAGGAUUGUGAUAAGAUAUAUUCAAAAGCCAUGAAAAAGGCUUUUAAGGCUCAACAAAAGUUGCAAAAAGCCGUAGAUGAGUUGGCCAAGGAAAUGCAUAAGAAGGAGAAGAAAGAGCAUAAGAAGGGUAAGAAGCAUGGUCAUCGCCAUCGCUCACAUUCGGUAUCAAGUGAUAGCAGUGAUGGCACCAGCAGUGGUACUAGUUCUGGCUCGAGUUCAAGUUCAAGUUCUAGCGAUAGUGAAAUGGAGUUCGUACCUUGUCAUGGUCGUCGCAAGCAUUUGAAACAUAAACAUGGUCAUAAUCAUCAUCAUGACCACAGAAAUCGUUCUCGCUCUAGAAGUCAUUCUCGAGAAUAUAAUAGAUGUCCUUGUAGUGAAAGAUUCAGAUAUCAUGGUAGUCCUUCACGACAUGGUUGUCCUGCUUAUCACGGAGGCCCUCCUCACCAUGGAAGUCCUAGACAUCAAUGGCAUUUUUCACAUCACGGAAAACCUGGUCAUCAUGAUGGUUUUCCCCAUCAUGGAGGGUUUCCUCAUCAUGGAGGUUUUCCUCAUCAUGGAGGUUUUCCUCAUCAUGGAGGUUUUCCUCAUCAUGGAGGUUUUCCUCAUCAUGGAGGUUUUCCUCAUCAUGGAGGUUUUCCUCAUCAUGAAGGUUUUCCACACCACGGAGGUUUUCCUCAUCAUGGCGGCCCUCCACAUCAUCGUCGAUUUCCAUCUCAUGGCAUGUUCGAAUAUGCUCAGUUUUUUCGGCCAUACGGCCCCUGCACGGGGCCGAGACAUCAACGCGAAUGCUCGAGGGGUCGUUCCCGUUCCAACUCACGCUGUAGAGUUUCAUCAGUUCCGCCAUGUUUCCUAUACGGUGGAUGUAAAUCAAAAGCAAGAACCGGUCAUUGUAGAUCUGACAAAUUAAAAGAGCUGCAUAAGCGCCAUGCAAGUCGUUCGCGUUCUCGCUCCAACUCACGAGGACAUUAUUCUGAUGGACAUCAUAAGCGCCAUGCAAGUCGUUCGCGUUCUCGCUCCAACUCACGUGGACGUCAUAGUUAUGACAAGUUGGAUACACAUUAUGGACAUAAUAAGCGCCAUGAAAGUCGUUCACGUUCUCGCUCCAACUCACGAGAACUUCGAGGUCAUAGAAAAUUGCACAAACAUCAUGUUCAUCAUAAGCGUCACGCAAGUUGUUCACGUUCUCGCUCCAACUCACGAGGACGUCAUUCUGAUGUUGAGGUAAAAAAGCAUCAUGGACAUCAUAAGAGGCAUACAAGUCGUUCACGUUCUCGCUCUAACUCGCGAAAACGUAAUGGUCACGGAAAGUUUGACAGACAUCAUGGCCAUCACAAGUGUCAUGCCAGUCGUUCUCGUUCCCGCACAUAUUCUCGUGGGCGCCACUCAGAAGUUGAGGAGAAGAAACACCAUAAACGUCAAGCACAUCGAUCCCGUUCUCAUUCUCGUGGACGUUAUUGUCAUCAACAACGUCUUGUAAGUCGUUCUUGUUCUCGCUCUAAUUACUGUGACAACAACAAAUGUGGUGUUACUUCUACUAAACAAGAGAGAAAACAUUCUCGUUCCCGUUCUAAGUCAAGAGGUGGAAAAUAUGAUCAUUGUCAUAGACAACAAAGGAAAUAUCAUAAAAAACAUGAUACCAGUUCUUCAUCAUCAUCCUCUAGUGAUAGUAGUUCCGAAGAAAGUAAUAUGUCUUAUCCUAAACGCUGUACUGCAAUAAAUCCUUGGAUGAGACAUUUUCAUAUGGGUGAUCCUUCAAUGAUGUACGAUCGUAGAUUUCCUCAUAUGAUGCCAAUUUUUAAUGACAGAAGAGGUACUUUACAUUUUGGGUAUUUUUAAUAAGGCCGAAAUGUAUCAAAUAUUUCAAAUAUUUUAACUAUAUAUAACGUAUUAACCGAUCCUAGUAUUAAUAUUAUAUUUAACCAAAAA